AUGUCGAGCGUCUUGCGCAGCGUCAAGAACGUCACAAAAGGAUACUCUUCUGUACAAGUGAAAGUGCGAAAUGGUACGACCUGGGUUGGAAAUGCGUUCUUGCGACGCACGCCAAAGAUGUUGAGCAUGUAGCUGAAUAGUGGACAGCGACGAGUAACGAUCCAUGGGGUCCCACCGGGACCGAUAUGGCAGAUAUUGCCAAAAUCACCUUUAACAGGUACGCCGAUAUUUGCAGACUCAGUAUGAUGUGCUCAUCGCAGCCAUGCUGCUGGGAUACGGAUACAUAAAAUGCUGUGUCCGGACCACGCGUUGCAGUAUGCGCUGACAAACGGUAGCUCCACCGACUUCUACGAGGUGAUGGAUAUGCUCGACAAGCGACUGAACGACAAGGGCAAGAACUGGCGACACGUACUCAAGAGCUUGAAGGUGCUGGACUACUGCCUGCACGAGGGCUCAGAACUGGUGGUCACAUGGGCGCGGAAGAACAUUUACAUCAUCAAGACCUUGCGCGAAUUCAUGCACAUCGAUGAGGACGGCAGAGACGUUGGCGCGAGCAGUAAGUUUCAUGAAAACACGUUGGAUGGCGCAUGCUGAUCUGGAAUAGUUCGCGCUUCAGCGAAAGAAUUGACAUCUUUGAUCCUGGACGAAGAGCGUCUUCGCGCCGAAAGACAGAACCGCGGAUCUUGGAAGUCGCGAGUCACCGGACUGGAAGACUUUGGACUCGGCGGCGAGCCUACCCACGAGCAGCGAAGACACAGAGAUCGACGUAAUCGUGAGCCCAAUGACGAUGACGAUCUCGAGUACAAGCUUGCUCUGGAAGCGUCCAAGAACGAGGCUGAGGCUGACGCAGCGCGAAGAGCAAAGACUCAACCUGCUGAUAACGACGACGAUCUUGCCAAAGCUAUCAAGUUGAGCAAGGAAGAGGAAGAGUUGAGGAGACGUCAAUUGGAGGACCAACAACAGGCCGAUCUGCUUUUCGACGAUACGCCAGCUCAGACAUCGCAGCCCACCGGAUUCAACCAAGGAUAUCAGCAACAAGCGCAGGUAGACUGGUUCGGCAAUCCAGUGCAGGGCCAGCCAACCGGAUACUACGACAAUGCAUACAGCCAGCCCACAGGCAUCCAGCCACAGCAAACUGCUUUCCAGAACGGAUAUGGUGGCGGGUUUGGAUAUCAGCAGCCCCAACAAACUGGUUUCGAGCAAAUGCAGCAGCCGCAUCAGCAGUUCUUGCAACCCCAGAACACCUACAAUCCCUGGGGCAGCCAAAUGAAUGGCUUUGGUCAGCAACAACAACAACAGCAGCCCAUCCAGGAACAGCCCACCGCGCAGCCUGGGUCGAACAACCCAUGGGCAUCAUCUAAUCAGACGCAAUCGCUGAUCGGCGCACAGCCAACUGGUUCGAAUAACCCAUUCGCGACUCACACUCAGCAGCGUCAGACAGCGUCGCCCUUCGGUAACAAGCCCACGCUCAGCACGCUGGCUGAGCAACAAGCAACGAAUCAGUUCAACACUCGACCUAACCCAAUUCAAAACUUUCAAGCCCCAGUCCAGCAGCCGCAGCAGACUGCUCCUCAGCCCCGCCCGCAACAACCCCCUCAAGAUCCUUACCAGGCCAAGCUCAAUGCUUUGCUCUCGUCUGGGGAAGGUCAGGAUACAUUCGGAAACGUCGGCGAUCUGCGUAUUCCCGCUCAACAUACCGCACCUGGUACCUUUGUCAAUUCCGCAGGAGGCGGCUCAAUGGGCCGUUUGGAAGCCGCAAAGACGGGCAACAAUCCCUUCUUUAGCCAAGCGCCGCAACAAUACCCAGCUCAGACGGGGCCGGCGAGCGGUUUUGGAGGAAAUAACCCGUUCGGCUCGAGGCCGCCACAACAGCAAGGUGGUCAAUCUGGAAGUUUGAUUGAUCUUUGA